CACCGAUGGCGACCGUGCGGAUGUUCAUCCAUUUGAAUCUGCGACAGCAGCGGUGGGAUUGAUCUCAAAUUCAUCCCACGUGCCUACCGCAAUGGCUACUACUCAAAAUGAAGAAUAUUUUCGGCCGGAACGCGAAAAUCAAGGUGACAAUAUGGCGGGCCCCUCAACAUCGGAGAACAAAGGAAAUACGGUCCCUUCAUCUGAAAACUGGGCGGUGUUUUUCCAAAAUAUGAUGGCGGGCUUCCAAAACUCCAAGUCGUCUCCAACAAGCGCCGUAGAAUAUAGAAAACUAAAAGCUAGCGAAAUUUAUCUACCCUCUUUUGAUCCGGACGAGUGUCAAUUUACUGCGGCACAAUGGUGCGACGAGAUCGAGAACCACAAACAGCGCAACUCGUGGACGGACUACGAAACCAGGAAUGCGGCUUUUAUUCGCCUGCAGGGCCGUGCCAAGAAAUGGGCAGCACGUUCGUAUCCGCUGUGCAAGACUUGGGAAGAAUUGAAGGAGCGGCUCACACAGCAGUUCAUUUCGACAAGGAGAUUCUACGACUUGUUUCGCGACAUGGUGGAGUACACGAGCGACCAGGCGGCGACGUACAUCGAGUAUUCAACUAACAAGAUGGCGCUGAUAGACAGGUUGGAUACCGGUUGGGGUGAGUCUAACAAAAUUGAGGUGGUGAUCUCCGGCAUCACAGACGCUCAGGUAUUGGUUCGGUGCCAUGUUUUUCAUUUCGUAAAAUGACAACAUUUGCUGAGUUUGACGGGUUACAUACCGAGGUCACGUUUGUGAUAGUCGAUUCACACUUGCUACCAUAUGACGUAAUCUUAGGUAGGGAGGUUUUUAAAACCCCUGGAUUAAUAUUCACCCUCAAUAGCGAUGGCGCUAAAAUUAUACGUGAUGCUAGUGUUAAUAUUUGUCGAAAUUUGAACAUGGAUGCAGAGUUAGAUAAAAUUAACACUGACUUGACCGAGUCUAACGAUAUUAAUAGGUUGAAGUCUGUAUUGGCAGUAUACAAGAAAAAUUUUACUAGUGGAAAUUCUCAAACUACCGUCAAUACAGGUACCAUGGAAAUUAAACUAAAGAAUCCCGAUAAAAUCGUACAGCGACAUCCGUACCGACUAGCCCCUUCCGAACGCACUAUAAUGCGAGAUAUUAUUGCUGAUUUAGAGAGUAAAGGUAUAAUCCGCGAAAGUUCCUCUCCUUUUUCAAGCCCCGCAUUGCUAGUAAAGAAAAAGGACGGGUCUGACCGCCUUUGUGUCGAUUAUAGGGAGCUUAACUCCAACACUGUACGUGAUAAUUACCCUUUGCCGCUGAUAUCGGAACAAAUUGAUGCUUUGGGGCAAGCAUGUCAUUUUUCAAGCUUA